AUGGCCGCCAACAAGAAAGUUCAGCCCAAGGGCAAGGGUAACAAGAAGGCCCAGGAUGCCGCCAAGGCCGCUCUCAAGGGCUCCAACUCCCACAAGAAGGUCAAGGCUCGCUUCAGCACCUCCUUCCACCGCCCCAAGACCCUGAUCACCUCGCGAGCCCCCAAGUACCCUCGCCGAUCCAUCCCUCACCAGCCUCGCCUCGAUGAGCACAAGAUCAUCGUCCACCCUCUCAACACUGAGAGCGCGAUGAAGAAGAUGGAGGAGAACAACACUCUCGUCUUCAUUGUCGACAUCAAGAGCAACAAGGCCCAGAUCAAGCUUGCUCUCAAGAAGCUCUACGACAUUGACUGUGUCAAGGUCAACACCCUCAUCCGCCCUGAUGGCACCAAGAAGGCUUACGCCCGCCUGACCCCCGAUGUCGAUGCUCUCGACAUUGCUGCCAACAAGCUCUCUCUCGUCUAA